CUUCCAGGGAGUAGACCCUGCUCCACACUACACUGUGGAACGAAUGGGACGCAAGCGCGCACCACCACGGUGGGAGGGAGGGUCCGUACCCACGGCCAAGAGGAGCAGCACCAGACUCUGUCGGCAAGGUGCGGCUGGCCCCAGCAUGGCCGCCGUGACCUCGUGUGCGGCUUUGCUGGCGAGAAGGCCUGGCAAUGACUCUGUCCACACAGAUCCCAGUGUCCAGGAGCGAGGCGCCAGGGCAGGCCAGGUGGUCUGGGCACGGCUGGGCUCGGCCCGGUGGUGGCCCGCUGUGCGGAUCUCGGGCCCAGAGUGCGGCCAGUCUCCAGCCCGGCUGGGACACGCCUGGGUCUUCUGGCUCGGCGACCACAAGGUGUCCCAGGUACCAGAGACGAAGGUGGUCGACUUUUCCGACGAGUAUCGGGAGAGGAGGUCCAGUCUCGGAGGCAAGCUCUACGAGGUGGGCCUUCUGGAAGCGCUGCAGGAGAUUGCAGCCCGCUCGCCUGGGCUGCCGCAGGGUGCCGACUCCUCCCACCUGAUUGCCUGGGCCGAGGCCGGUUUCCUCAAUGGGUCUGGCGUUCCACAGAUUGCGCCGGCCGUGUCAGGUCUGAGGGUCCGCGAUCCGCACAAACCCUAAAUGUGUGGCAUUU